AUGUCUGAGGAUGUUGCAUAUUUGCAAUCAACAAAUGUACGGCAUAUUAGGAUACCUGGUGACGUUAUCAUAGGUGGAGUUUUCCCAGUUCACUCAAAAAGUGAUUCACCGGAUCAGCCUUGUGGUGUUAUUGCCGAGACACGAGGUGUACACAGAGUGGAAGCAAUGUUGUAUGCAUUGGAUGUUAUCAAUUCUCAGCGUGGAUUUUUGCGCGGCUAUAAGCUGGGCGCUCUUAUAUUGGAUUCAUGCUCAAAUCCAGCUUAUGCUCUCAAUCAGAGUCUUGACUUUGUCCGUGAUAUGAUUGGCUCAGCUGAUUUGUCCGAAUAUCAGUGUCGUGAUGGCAGUGUUCCGCAGAGUCGACAGUUACCACGCAAAAAUGUUGCUGCAGUUGUUGGUGGAAGUUAUAGUUCCGUUACUGUUCAGGUAGCUAACCUUUUGAGACUAUUCAAGAUAGUUCAAGUGAGUCCAGCGAGUACCAAUGCAGAUCUCAGCGACAAAACACGUUUCGAGUAUUUUGCUAGGACGGUGCCCAGCGAUAAUUAUCAAGCACGUGCAAUGAUUGACAUUGCACUGCACUUCAAUUGGACCUAUGUAUCCUUGGUGUACUCAGCAGAUGAAUAUGGUGAGCUUGGUGCCGAAGCUUUCAAGAAAGAAGCACGCAAAAUGAAUAUCUGUAUUGCUAUCGAGGAGCGCAUAUCACCCAAGAAAGAAGCAUUUCAGGAAUCUGUUGAUAAUCUUGUUAAAAAAUUGCAACCAGAUAAAGUCGUUGGAGCACGUGCUGUCGUGCUGUUUGUUGGCACGGAGUAUGUACCGGAAUUGAUGCUGCAAACAUUCGAACGUAUGCGUUUGGAGCAGUUACCACAUCGUAAAAAGAUUAUUUGGCUUGCGAGUGAAGGUUGGGAUCGAAACAAUGAAGCAUAUACAUCAGGUCCAAGGAAGCUGGCAGCAGAGGGCGCUAUUGUUUUGAUGUUAGCUUCCGAUCGUGUUCCUUCAUUUGAAGAAUAUUUUUUAUCCUUAAAUCCGGGUCAUCACAAAUUCGAACGGAACAAAUGGCUGAGAGAACUAUGGCGUCACAAAUUCAACUGUGAAUUUGAUUUACCUGAACAGAGUACAUUAAAUCGGUGUGAAGAUCAUCGUCAAACUGCGGAAAACUUCAAUCCAGAUGAUAAGGUUCAGUUCGUUAUUGAUGCAGUGUAUGCCAUUGCUUAUGGAUUGCAGGGAAUGAAAGAAGAAAUAUGUCCUGACGAUACCGUAUUAUCCUCGUGGAUAUCAAGACAUUCAAAUGCACCACAGAUUUGCGAUGCCAUGAAACAUAUUGAUGGCGAAGAGUUUUACCAAAAAUACUUGCUACAAGUAAAAUUUGAAGAUGCAGUAGGCAAAAAAUUUCGAUUUAGCUCAAAAGGCGAUGGACCAGCGCACUAUACAAUUUUAAAUUAUCAGCCAGAAAAUGGUCGAAGAAGAUCCGAUGAUUCUAGUCGAAGUGAUUACGUGGUUGUUGGACGAUGGUCCGAAGAACAUGAUGAAAUAUGUUGUUGGGCUUGCGGUAAAUGUGAAGAUUAUGAAUUUUUGGCAAAUGAAACAACCUGUGUAGAUUGUGGUGAAGGUUGGUGGCCGACGGCUGAUCGCAAAAGCUGCUUUAAUUUGGCUCAAUUUAAUCUGAAAUAUAUAAGAUGGUCUUCUUGGUAUUCAAUAAUACCUAUCUUGUUUGCUGUUAUUGGUAUUUGCUCAACAAUUGCUGUGAUUGUCAUAUAUUCGAGGAAUUACGAUACACCGGUGGUAAAAGCAUCAGGACGUGAGCUCAGUUUUAUUAUACUGGUGGCAAUGAUUAUGUGCUAUGCAAUGACUUUUGUACUCAUCUCUAGGCCAACCGCUUUCAACUGUGCCAUUAAAAGGACUGGUAUUGGAUUUGCUUUCUCAUGUUUAUACGCAGCUCUUCUGGUUAAAACCAACCGCAUAGCACGGAUUUUUUCACAUCGUUCAGUGCAGCGACCAGUAUGCAUCUCACCUAUAUCGCAAGUCUUUUUAACAGCAUUUCUUGCCGGCUUUCAGCUUUUUGGAUCGCUUAUUUGGCUUCUCAUUGUUCCACCCGGUACGAAACAUCAUUAUCCAACUCGAGAUCAAGUUGUGCUCAAAUGCAACAUUCCGGAUCAUCAUUUCCUUUAUUCGCUGGCUUAUGAUGCUGCAUUAAUUGUCUUAUGUACUGUUUAUGCGAUCAAAACUCGCAAAGUGCCAGAGAACUUCAAUGAAACACGUUUUAUUGGCUUCACAAUGUAUACAACAUGUGUUUUGUGGCUUUCAUGGAUAUUUUUCUUUUUUGGUACGGGUAGUGAUUUUCAGAUACAAACGACAUCAUUAUGCAUGUCAAUAUCGAUGUCUGCAAAUGUUGCAUUAGCGUGUAUCUUCUCGCCGAAAAUAUGGAUUAUACUAUUUGAAAAGCAUAAAAAUGUACACAAACAAGACGGCGUAUUUACAAAAAGGAAUCGUACACCUAUAAAUAUGCUUGACAAGGAAGCACCUACACAAUAUAUCGCUCUGUUAUCUGAGGAACGGAGGAAAAAUUCGGUUAGAAACUCUUAUUACAGCAUCUCAUCCUCUGGACAUGAUACAUUCUUGUAA